UUGAUAACCAGGAUAUUUAAUCUGGAACUGCCUACAUUGUAAAAAUCUUCUGAAAAAAACACAAUUAUUCACUCGUGAUGGCUGUACCAGCUUUUACUUUGACCAAUGGGCACAAAUUACCCCUUGUUGGAUUAGGAACUUUCACAGUAACAGAUGAAAACGAUCUUAACGAAGCCCUGGAAGCUGGCUACAGACACUUUGACACUGCCGCAGCUUACAAAAACGAACACGUAAUCGGUCAAGUCCUGAAAAGUUGGUUCGAUUCAGGAAAAUUGAAACGAGAAGAUGUUUUCGUUACAACGAAAUUAAAUUCCGACGGAGUCCAUCCUGAUCUCGUAGAAGAACACAUUUUGAAAUCCUUGGAACAACUGCAACUCGAUUAUAUCGAUUUAUAUCUCAUUCAUUUUCCUAUUUAUGUAAAAUUGGAAUUUGUUUCUGGGAAAGCUCUUUCUGCUGCUGAAGCCCAACCCACAGAUCAUAUAGCAAUUUGGAGGAAACUUGAGGAACAAGUUGAACUUGGCAGGACCAAAGCCAUUGGUGUAUCUAAUUUCAACAAAGAUCAAGUUAGCAGGAUAGUUGAAGUUGCCAAAAUUAGGCCAGCAGCUAAUGAAUUUGAACUGCACGUGUAUUUACAACAGCCAGAAUUGGUAAAGUAUCUUAAAGCUAAUGGGAUUUUGCCUAUAUCUUAUUUUUCGCUAGGCAAUCCUGGUAUAAAUAAUUAUUUGGCUAAACAAGGAAGGCCGCUACGUAAAACGCCCACAGACCUUAUAGACGAUCCAGUAGUCACGAAAAUUGCUAGCAAACAUGGAAAAUCUUCAGGACAAGUGUUGCUCAAAUUUUUGGUGCAAAAUAAUAUUGCUGUUAUACCGAAAAGUUCAAAUCCGAAAAGGCUUCGGGAAAACCUUAGUUUGUUCGAUUUUACUUUGGAUGACGAGGAUGUUAAACUUUUGACUGGUCUGGAUAAAGGAGAACAAGGACGACGUGCUACAAUGGCUUAUAGUCAAAGCGUAUUGGAUCAUCCAGAGUACCCUUUCCCAAGAGUACCAAGAGAUGUUUGAGCAAAAAAAUACCUAUAUAGGUACCUACUGUCUUUGUUUUGAAUUGUUGAU